GAUUCCCCGUCGUGUUCAACUUUCCAUCACCUUUUUUUAUCGGUUUAUCUUUGCCCAUCGGCUGUGCCAUGGCCUGGUUCCCCCUGACUCUUCCCCGUUAACCUUGACUGUUCCCUCAUCACGUCACUCACCCAAUCACCGCACCCUGACCGCCCACCCGCUGCUUAUCGCCGAUCGGCUACGUUGCAAUCGACCACGAAUCCAGCUUAUCUUCGCAGGAUUAAAGCACUCCCCUUGCCUGGUUGUCGCGCGACGGAAGAUAUCUGUUUGACAAUUAAUCAUUUCUCCGACCGUUGAAUCGAUUCGUUGGAAUCGCCGUAUUUCUGGACCACGCCGGAUCGCACUAUCACGCAAGAUGAAGUUUCUUCCUUUGCCAGAGAUCGAGGACGUGACGAGUUCGCUCAACUUCGACACCGCCGAUUGUCACAUCCUAGGGGGCUGCGACCUCUACACCACCAAGGCCGCUCGGGCCGAUCGGAAAUUGUACAAGAACAUCGAACAAUCACUCGAAUCCCAGUAUGAAUCGGUGCUGCGUCUGUCGGCAUCGCUAUCCCCGCCAAAUGCGACCGACGCCGCCGCGUCGCUGAAUUUAUCACGUGCCAGUCCGUUCGGGCCCCUGAGUGAACACUCGAGUCGUCGGACAUUUGCGUAUCUGAUCGCGACACUGAACGCGAGUCACCCGGACUACGACUUUUCCCACGUCUUGCGCCCGACGGACUUUCAUCGCGAGCGAAACUUGAAGCGUGUGAUGAACACGGUCGAUACGACCCUGUUCAACCUGCGACCGCGGGAGGCGAUCGACGUGACCCCCCCGUCACCCGGCACGAUAUCCGGUUCCUACAAUGCAGAAGCGUCGUCCACAUGGGGGCCAAGGAUGUGGAGGAUCAUCGACGAGCAAAUGUCCCUGAAAGAGUGUUCGAUCUACUCUUACUCGCCGGACGAGGACCCGUCAGACGCGGACGAUGGCGCGAUUUGGAGCCUCCACUACUUCUUCUUCAACCGUCUACGAAAGCGCGUCAGCUACCUCUAUCUUCGUGCCAUCCCCAUCCUAAGUCACACGCCGAGCGAAGGCCUCGCGACUCCCACGACAAAGCGGACGUUCGACGAUGGAUAUCUCACGCCCGCCGACACGGGAUCCAGCAAACGCGCCCGGUACUGGCUGGGAGACCAAGCCGAGCUCGAGCCGGAGAGCGAAAGCGAGGAAGAGGACAACACGAGGCCAACGAGGCCGGUGGUUGACGAGUAUGAUAACUAUAUGCUCAGCGACGAGGAGUUCCGGUCCCGGUCCGGCAGCAAGGCAACUGUGCGCGCCAUGAGCGAGGAAAUUGCCGACUCAAUGGACCUGUAACCAAGAUUGUCUUGAUAUCUCUUGUUUCGAUUCAUGUUUAUACUUUUUUUUUUCUGUUUCUUUUUUCUGCUUCUGCUCCAUCGUUGGCAUUGCUUUGGGAUUUCUUCCGUUUUAAGGCGUUUUUGACAUGCAUUCAACCUGCAUCGGCAAGGUCGGGGAGUUUCGGAUCCCGGCACAGGGGAGAACAGGCUCCUUCCCCCAUAUUAAUAUCAGUAUCAGGACGAGACGGGAGCUUUGGGCCUAGAUUUGACGAUGAUGACGAUUGAGCGCUCCAUACCCCUGCGUAAUGGCGCGCGACUGCGAGGAGACGUUGACGUUGUCCUUGUUCUGUUCUAUAUAUAUGAACUUUUUUCUUAUGACAGUAUUGAACUUGUUUCUUCUUUCUUCUUCACUCUGGUUUGUCUCAUGACAUUGUAGACCAUCGCCACUCGUCAUGGUCUUGCUGUCCCUCGAGAGACCAAGUAUAGCUAGGAGCCUGCUAUUCUAUACGACACCGCGUCUCCUUCGGUCAUUGUUUUCAGCAACAUCGGUCUAUUUACCAAGAUUCAACAAGAAAAUGCAUCAGAUAAAUUAUCCUGUUGACGAAAGCCGACAUACAUGAGAAGGAGGCCAAGACGUAGACCGAGGUCGAAAGGAGUAACGGGACGGGUCUCCGUAACCGGGGUC